CGUCGGAUACACGGAAAACGAACGCGAGACAUGCGACAAAGGAACCACCUUUGUCCUGUCAAACGACAUCGUAUCGACCAUAAAACCUGCUUCUCCUUCUCCUCCUCGACAAGCUCGAACCAGCAGAAGAGAAAACCGCCCGAGGUUUCAGACCCAUCUCUCUCUCUCUCUCUCUCUGCCUUUGCCUCUGCCUCUGCCUGCCUCUGAGUCGAAAGAGAAAGAUGGGUGUAGAGAGCUACGUGGUGGUGCACAACAUAGCGAAGCGGCACAACGUGGGGACCCUGGCCCGGAGCGCCACCGCCUUCGGCGUCUCCGAGCUCAUAGUCGUCGGCCGCCGGGACUUCAACGCCUUCGGGAGCCACGGGUCCACUUCCCACCUCGCGUUCCGCCACUUCCACUCCCUCCCCGAAGCUCGCUCCUUCCUCAAGGAGAAGGAUUGUGAUAUAUGUGGUGUGGAAAUCACAGAUGAUGCUGUAGCCGUCAAUCAGCAUCCUUUCAAGAGGAGCACGGCUUUCCUCGUCGGCAACGAGGGAACAGGCCUUUCUGCCAAAGAAUGCGAGAUAUGUGACUUCUUUGUCUAUAUUCCUCAGUAUGGCUGUGGCACUGCUUCACUGAAUGUCACUGUAGCAGCUUCCAUAGUUCUACAUCAUUUUGGAGUUUGGGCAGGCUUCUCCGAAAGAAUCCGUGAUGGAAAUAAGUUUGUUGUGGCUGAGAAGCCAGCAAAGCAAGUGAAGCGUAAUUUCUGCGCAGAAACCAUGGAUGCUAUCAUUGAGGAGCGGAAAUCUAGAAAGCAAAACACUUCGGAAUUUUUUGAUGGCAAUGGAAAUGCCCAGUCGUCGUCAAAUCUUCUGGAGGGAUUGUUCGGUGAUGAUCAGUAAUUUCAGGAAAGUGAAUUUUCUUUCAUACAUUCUGACAACCCAAGCCUUUGGGAAUGAUAGAAGAGUCAUAGGUGGUCAUCUGCAUGUCUACAUGCUGAAGAACCGAGCGGCUAAAUUUGAUGCGUCCAUGUCUUUGGAGCGAGCCAGCCGGCAAAGAGCCUGUUCCGGUAUUGAGCAGUUUAUGCUUUUCUGAUUGUAUGCAUGGGGACGUUAGUUUUUGCACGAACCAAGGAUUAGAUAUGUUCCGUCCCAGAGUCUUGUGCUUUGCGCAAUUAAGUCCUCAUGCUUUUCUGUUUCAAUCAAGUUCGCUGAUUUUUCUUUUGUACAA